ACGGAGCUCUUCAAGUCAAGACCCAGAAGCCAAAUUCUCUUCUGAGAUCAAAUCUAGAUUCCAUAUUGGAAUUGGGGUUUCCUGGGAGAUAAAAAAACAGUUGUUAAAUCAAAGAAAAUUUUUUAUGGCGUUUUCGAAAAGUGAUCAUGGAGAUGAAGAUCGUCCUCGCCUCUACAACCCCUACCAGGAUCUGCAUCUACCGGUUCAAACCCUUUAUAAACUCCCGACGUCCCCUGAAUUCCUCUUCCAAGAAGAAUCCCUUGUGCAGCGCCGAUCCUGGGGUGAGAAUCUUACCUACUACACCGGCUGUGGCUAUCUCGCCGGAGCUAUCGCCGGGGCAGGUAAGGGCCUUGUCGAAGGUGUCAAGGCCUUCGAAGAGGGUGACACCUUGAAACUCCGCAUCAAUCGCAUCCUCAACGCCUCCGGCCACUCUGGCCGCCAAUUCGGUAACCGAGUUGGCGUUAUUGGCUUGUUGUACGCGGGGCUGGAGAGUGGAAUCGUUGCCGUCAGAGACACCGACGACGUCAUAAACAGUGUCUUGGCCGGUCUUGUUACCGGAGCCCUGUAUAAGGCGGCGUCCGGGCCAAGGUCAGCCGCUGUUGCCGGCGCUAUUGGAGGGCUGAUGGUCGGCGCUGUGGUUACAGGGAAGCAGGUUAUCAAAAGAUACGUGCCCAUUUAGGGUUUGUUCUUCUCCUUCCUUCUUCCUCAUACGUGGGUAUUAUUCUUGUGUUCUCAGCUAUGAAAAUUAAAAUAUACAUGUUAUCGAUUUCUAAUUUCUUUCCACCUACCAUCUCCAUGUAAUUUGUGGAAUGCGUGGAUGUUGUUGAAUAAUUGAGCCAUCUAUGUACGCGAAGAAACAUUCUAUUCUAUGAGUUAACUAAAUUUUUAU